AUGUCACAGCCUGAUGAUACUUCAGAGAUUACUCCACAGGCAGACCAGCCCCAAAAAAUUCAAUUCGCCGGUGUCGAAAAACCCGAGCGUCCGCACGCAAACGAACCGACACCACCACCUCCCUCCUCACAUACCGAAAAGCAAAAUGCUACUGACCGUGGUGGCAAGUCAAAACCUCUCGAUAUUGAUGAACACUUGUUUACACCAGAAGAAAUCGCCCUGCGAUAUAAGGUCGAAAUUAACGUCCAGAAACCUCAGUUGGGAGGAUUGUCAACUGCAGAGGCCGAAAAACGAUUAGCUGAACAGGGACCAAACGUCCUGACACCGCCAAAGAAGACCCAUCCAGUCAUCAAAUAUUUGGAGUGUUUGUUCACUUUGUUCAAUAUAUUGUUGAUUGUUGCUGCAAUUUUCCAAUAUAUUCUGUUAGCUAUCGAUUAUGAAGCUAAUAAGCCUAACAUAUACCUUGGAGCUAUCUUGAUCGCUGUUGCUUUCCUUAAUGCUUUCAUAGAGUUUUAUCAACUUCAAAAGUCUGCCGCAAUUCUUGAAUCCUUCUUGAACAUGAUUCCACAAAAGUGCUUUGCCGUACGUGAUGGGAAACUGGUCCAAAUACAGGCGGCAAAUAUUGUCUGCGGAGAUGUCGUAAUGGUAAAAAUGGGUGACAAAGUUCCUGCCGAUAUGAUGCUGUUUGCGACUACUGAUUUGAAAGUGGACAACUCCUCUCUGACCGGUGAAUCAGAACCACAAGAGCGAAUACCAACCAACACUCAUAAAAAUGCUCUGGAAGCUACGAAUCUUUGUUUCAACGGCACUCUUGUUGUCUCUGGAGAGGGUUAUGGUAUUGUCAUUCGUGCAGGCGAUCACACAGUACUGGGUCAAAUUGCCGGUUUGACUGCGGGAGAGAAGAAAAAUAAAUCCCCCUUGGCACGCGAAAUAGACGACUUUGUGAAAAUUAUUGCAACAAUUGCCAUAAUAACAGCUCUUGUCUUUUUCGGCGCCGGAAUGAAAGUCUAUCAUAAUCAGAUUUCUCCUACCCUCAAUUUUGCCAUGUCUGUAUUAGUGGCUUGGGUUCCACAGGGUUUACCGGCUACUGUCAUGGUGUUGCUGACAAUUGCUGCCAAACGCAUGGCUGCACAGAAUGUAUUAGUCAAGGAUCUUCAAGGAGUGGAAACGCUUGGCGCUAUAACUCUAUUGGCCACGGAUAAGACCGGCACUCUAACCCGAAGUCGAAUGACUGUGACUUACCUUUGGACUGCAUUGAAAUUGCACAAUACUUUCCGAAACCCUCAAAAUGACUCACCAUUUGAUGUGAAUGCCCCCGGUAUUCAAGAAAUUAUUUUGAAUUCUGCUCUAUGUUCGCGCGCAAAGUUUGAUCGAACGGAUGUGCCAUUUAACGAUCGAGAAAUUCUCGGUGAUGCAACAGAGACGGGACUUGUUCGCUUUGCCGGUCAAAAUAUACCAGACUACGAUAAAGUCGUUGCCAGCCAUCAGAAAGUUUUCGAAAUUCCGUUCAACUCUGAUACUAAAUGGGCGCUUACAAUCAACAAGAAACCGCAUGAAAAUGGCGAUCUAACCCUCUACAUAAAAGGCGCACCUGAACGCAUCCUACGACUUUGCUCCACUAUUUUAACUGAAGAUGGAGUGAUCCAGUUGACGGAUGAGCACAAACAGCAGUAUAACGAUACGUAUGAAUUCAUGGCGUCGAAAGGUCAUCGUGUUUUGGCAUUUGCACAACUGCAAUUGCCGCGCAGUCAAUAUCCGGCUGAUUACAAGUUCAAAAAAGAAGACAAGAAUUAUCCUAUGGACAAUUACUGUUUCCUUGGCUUGGUCUCUCUCGAGGAUCCUCCAAAACACGGUGUUCGUGAAGCUAUAGGACGUUGUCGAUCUGCGGGAAUUCGCGUUAUCAUGGUGACUGGUGACCAUCCGCUAACAGCUGAAGCAAUUGGACGUAAGAUCAAUCUCAUGUUGUCUGAUACGAAGGAAAUGGUGGCUAGGCGUAAGAAAAUACCAGUGGAGCAAGUUAGGGAAGAGGAAUACAGUGCAAUUGUAAUUCACGGAGAGCAAAUCGAUAGUCUAAGCGAUUACGAUUGGGACCUUAUAUUUUCUAAAAAUGAAAUAAUCUUUGCGCGUACAUCACCUCGACACAAACUUGAAAUAGUUAAACGUGCUCAGGCUAUGGGGCAUAUUGUAGGAGUUACUGGCGAUGGCGUCAACGAUUCACCUGCUCUCAAGAAAGCAGAUCUGGGGAUUGCAAUGAAUCAGUCUGGUUCAGAUGUAUCAAAGGAGGCAGCAGCUAUGAUUUUAUUGGAUGAUAAUUUUGCAUCUACGGUGAAGGGGAUCGAAGAAGGGCGUUUAAUCUUUAUCAACCUCAAGAAAUCCAUUCAGUAUACACUUUCUCAUUUAAUGCCUGAGAUUGCAUCUGCUCUUCUGUACGUUGUCGUUCCUCUUCCAUUACCGCUAUCAGCCAUUCUUAUUUUAGUCAUUGAUCUGGGAUAUGAAUUAUUCGCUGCUCUAUCUUUUGCUUGGGAUAAGCCGGAAAGUGAAGACGGAUUAAUGAGAUUGCCUCCUCGAAGGCCAGUUACGACAAAAACUACGGAAAAGAUUCGGAGUCGUGCUCUUAUGCGCAUACCAACUAUUACAGAUCCUGAGACAGGAUUACCAAAGGAUAUUUCCAGAAUGGACCGAAUUGCUUUACGUUUCAAGAAAUUGACGAGUAAACAGUGGUGGAAACAGAAAUUGGACAGAGGCGAGGGAGAAAUACUUGUAGAUGGAAACGUUUUAAGUUGGGCCUACCUGGAGAUUGGAAUAAUCGAAUCAAUUGGCGCGAUUCUUGCCUACCUGAUUGUCUUAAACCAUAAUGGCAUAUCACCUCAUGAUGCACGAGAUAUGCAAAAACAGGGUGUAUAUUUCGUUGAUGGGGCUCCUCCGUACAAAACAUCCAGUGGUAAAACUUUAUCUGCAGAUCAACAAAUAGAAGCCCUACGACAAGGACAAUCAAUAGUGUAUCUCGCAAUCAUGAUUCAACAAAUGUUUAAUCUUUUUGCCGUGAAAGCCAGAUUUAAUUUACCGUUUGGCAAAUAUAUGUUCUCGAAUCCGCGAAAUUUUGCCGGUGUCGCUGGUGGUGCAGCUUUGGCAAUGGCUAUCGUUUAUAUUCCUCCUGUCAACGUGGCAUUCCAAACGAGCUACAAGCUUAGUCCGCUUUACUGGCUAAUAGCUCUCGGAAUGGGAUGCGUAAUCAUCUUAUAUGCCUCUAUUCGUCUUUUAAUUCUUCGCCGAAGCCGACCCACAAAAUAUAAUGAUGAAAUUAGAGGUCUGAAUUUAGUUCCUACGAUAUAUUCUGAAACGUUUCACAAAUAG